UAAUCCUAUUUGGAUUGUGCUUGUUAAAGUUGGAACUGCGAGACGGAGAAGCUGCAAGUUGGAACUGCGAGACGGAGACGCAGCUUCGAUUUCAGACCCUAGGCAUGGAGAUCCUUAACAAACUGAAGAAUCUGGACGCCUACCCUAAAGUAAACGAGGAUUUCUACAAUCGAACGCUCUCGGGAGGGCUGAUCACCAUCGUUUCUUCCAUCGCCAUUCUUCUGCUCUUCAUCUCCGAGAUCCGGCUAUAUAUUUAUUCAGGCACCGAGACUAAGCUAAUUGUAGAUACCUCAAGAGGAGAAAGACUGCGUGUCAAUUUUGAUGUUACAUUUCCAUCCCUUGCUUGCUCCCUUCUGAGUGUUGAUGCUAUGGAUAUCAGUGGUGAGCGUCACUUCGAUAUUAGGCAUGACAUUGUAAAGAAAAGAUUAGAUCAUCUUGGGAAAGUCAUUGAUUCAAGAAAAGGUGAUAUUGGUGCACCACAGAUUGAAAGGCCCUUGCAGAAGCAUGGUGGAAGGCUUGAUAAGAAUGAGAAAUACUGCGGUUCUUGUUAUGGUGCCGAAGGGUCUGAUGAUCAUUGCUGUAACACGUGUGAAGAGGUUCGAGAAGCAUACAGAAACAAGGGAUGGGGUAUUACAAAUAUGGAUUUGAUUGAUCAGUGCAAAAGAGAGGGCAUUUUCCAGAAAAUUCAGGAAGAACAAGGUGAAGGAUGUAACAUCCAUGGAUUUUUAGAUGUCAAGAAAGUUGCUGGAAAUAUACAUUUUGCUCCCGGGAAAAGUUUCCAUCAUUUAAGCUUUCCUUUCCUUGAUCUAUUUUCCUUUCAGGCUGAAUAUAACGUAAGCCACAAGAUUAACAAACUCUCUUUUGGUAAAGAAUUCCCUGGGGUGAUAAACCCACUUGAUGGCACAGGGUGGAUACAACCAAGUUACUCAGGAAUCUAUCAGUAUUUCAUUAAGGUUGUUCCUACAAUCUAUGCUGACAUAAGAGGACACAAGAUUCAUUCAAAUCAGUUCUCAGUGACACAGCACUUCAGAGAAGGGAAUGUUUAUCCUAGGCCUCUUCCAGGAAUAUUCUUCAUUUAUGAAUUCUCACCAAUCAAGGUGAUCUUUACGGAAGAGAACAAAUCUCUCCUACACUUUUUAACAAGCAUUUGUGCUGUACUUGGAGGUGUUUUUACAGUUGCUGGGAUCAUUGAUACUUUUGUUUUUCAUAGUCAUCGGGCAAUCAAGAAAAAAAUGCAGCUCGGGAAACAGGGGUGAAUAAUCUGUUGGUUUCCAUCUAUCUCCAAGAAAAAAGGAAAAAUUCAGAAAGUGGUGCAUAUGCUAGUGAGUAGACCACAUGAUCUAUAUUAUUUUUACCAAAUUAUUGAAAUCCAGAUCUGUUUUCUGGUUGUUAGUUUUGUUUGUAAUUUGUCAGAAUACAGGACUUGAGAAACUAGGAUUUAGUUACGCUCAUUAAUGGAUUUUUUGAAAUCCAUAUUAUGUUUCAUGGCCAUCAUACAGCUUUUCUUAUGAACCGAAGUGUACUAAUUUAAAAUUUAUAAAGUUAAUUGUUUGAUUUUUUAGAUGUUA